CAGAAUGUAAACAAAUAUUUUUCUUAAAAUCUGAAGAAAUUUGAAGAUUUUGAUAAAUAUUUGAGGAGAAUUUUAGUUAUUUUGAAGAAAUAAGAGAUAAUAAGACUUAAAUAAUGACACAUAAGAUUAAAAUACUGAUGGUGGGACCCACUGAGUGUGGCAAGACUGCUCUAGCCAACUUUCUGAGUGAGUCGGGAGAGGUGGGCAGCGGCGAGUAUCGACCGACCAAAGGCUGUCGCAUUGUUGAGUUUGAAAUUCCUAACCUGACUGUCAACAGCAUGACAACGAAAGCUGAAGUUGAACUUUGGGAUGUGAGCGGAGAUAGAUGGUUUGAAAAUUGCUGGCCAGCUAUUCAGAGAGGUGUCAAUGGUAUUGUGUUUGUGUAUAGUCCCGGGCGGGAGGACCACGCACACACCUUAGACACCUUUUAUACCCACUUUGUGGAGCAGCAAGGUCUCCGUGAGACUCAAUGUGUUGUAUUUUGCCAUUACAAGCCAGACUAUAAGGGCAAAGGAGCUAAACUCUCGAAUUCUUUCAACCAGAUCCCAAAAAUUGACACACAGCUGGACGAGGACAGUGGAAGCGUUAGGAGAGAUUUCAACAAUUUUGUGGCUUCUGUUUUAGGGCACAUGUCUGCAGUAGCUGAAAUGCAGGAGAACUCAAUUCUUUUGUAAAAUCAAAUUUAAAUUCAGUGAGUGUUGCUGCUAUGUAGAUAUAUGGAAGAAAUCACAAUAAAAUGAAGAAGUGCAACUGUGAAAAACUACCAUAGUGAAAAUUGGAAAUAUAACUCGAUUGUGUUCCUUGUCAGGCGAACAAUUUGACUUGAUGUUAGGUUAGGUAAGGUUCGUCAGGUAACAGGACAAGUGUUUCCUGGCGCAGAUCUUAGUCAGAUGACCACCUGUUGUUGGAGCUUUUGGUCAUCAUCUAACUGAGGCCUUCUGCUGGCUUACUGGCCCACCCCUCUAAAAAUUAUGGUCAUAAUUACAACCAACAUCAACUUGAUGUUGGACAGAUGUAUGAGUGGGUUAGGUUUGUGUGGGAUAGGUUUGUGUGAGAUAGGUUUUUGUGGGAUAGGUUUGUGUGAGAUAGGUUUUUGUGGGAUAGGUUUGUGUGAGAUAGGUUUUGUGGGAUAGAGUUUGGUGAGAUAGGUUUGUGUGAGGUGUCGCCUCUGA